CCCUUUCACACCCAAAUAAAAUCUUCCACACGCACAGAAGUGUGGAACAAGCAAAGCGGCAGAGAAAUGGCUCUUCUGCUAUUCACCUCCUCGCACUCUUCCUUCUUCCCCAAAAACCCUAAUCAAAGAUCUCCAUUUCGUUCCCUAUUAUCUCCAUCAAUAAGCUCUUAUCUCUCUUUCUCUCUCUACCCGACAAACCAUAGAACCAGAGCUCUCCAGUUCCGCUCCCUCCGCUUACGCUCCUCUCUUUCCGACGACAACUCCGACCCUGUUUCCGGCGACACCCCAAUUGGUGGCGAGGAUGAAUCCGGAGGUCCGGCGAAGAUCACCGACGAAUGGGGUGAGGAGGCACAGCCCGAGGCUGAGUCUUCGUACACGAAGCUCGCUGAAUCGGAUCCUCCCAAGGACGAGGACGAAUGGGGAGGAGAUGGGUAUGUGCAAGUCGGCAAUGGAAGUCCGUCGUCGAAAGGUGGGGAUGACAGUAAGGAAGCGGUGGAUGAGAAGCUUGUGGAGCUGAAGAGGGCCUUGGUGGACACUGUGUACGGUACGGAAUUGGGAUAUCGGGCUGGGUUGGAGGUGAGAGCGGAGGUUUUGGAGUUGGUGAACCAGUUGGAGGCGGCGAAUCCCACUCCGGCGCCAACUCAGGCACCGGAGCUUCUUGAUGGCAACUGGGUUUUGCUGUACACUGCAUUUUCUGAGCUGUUGCCACUUCUGGCAGCAGGAACAACACCUUUGUUGAAAGUGGAUAAGAUAACCCAAGCGAUUGAUAGUAGCAGUCUAACUAUUGUUAAUUCAACCACAUUGUCGGGCCCUUUUGCUACUUUCACUUUCAGUGCAUCUGCUGCUUUUGAAGUUCGCAGUCCUUCAAGAAUACAGGUUGAAUUCAAGGAAGGGACCUUUCAACCUCCUGAGAUAAAAUCGAGUGUUAGUCUCCCAGAAGACGUGGAUGUUUUUGGGCAGAGAAUUAAUCUGUCACCUUUGCAGCAAACACUUAAUCCUUUGCAGGAAGCUGUGGGAAAUAUAUCACGUGUUAUUUCUGGCCAGCCACCUCUUAAGCUUCCCAUUCCAGGUGAAAGGACCAAGUCCUGGCUUAUUACAACAUACCUUGAUGAGGAUUUUCGUAUUUCAAGAGGAGACGGUGGUCUUUUUGUGCUUGUUAAAGAAGGGAGUCCUCUUCUAUAUUAGUAGCCAGGUUCUGAAGACCAUAUACAAGAAACAAAUGGUUUUACUACUGAAGAACCUGUGUUGAAAUAAGCCUCCUGAUAUGGUGGGAAAUUUUGUUGGUCUCAGAAGAACACCUAAUUGUCUCUGUUCUCUUUCAACACUAUAUGAAAUGGAUUAACUCAGAGCAUAGGAAAUUGAUCACCUUCGAUUGGGAUAUAUCGGAAGAUGAUUUCAGAUCAGAUGUAAAAUCAUCAAUGUUAUACCAAGAGAACUAAGAAAUUGUGAUGUUGUUUAAGAGAGAAGUGAAAUGCUAGUCAGUGUCAUGAUGUUUGGCCAAACCAAUAUUUACAUACUACCUCAUAUCAAAGCAAAUGUGGAGUUUAAAUUAACUUUUUGUUUUUGGGUUAAAUGAAAAGCGAUUCAGUUUCC